AUGAGCUCCUCCACUAGUAGGAUGGAACAGAACAGAACAGAAGAAGCGACCAAUUAUGACUUUCAGGGUUUUGACUCAGAGGAAGAAUUAAACCCGCUUCCUUCUGGAGUCGGCCAGGAUUCAGAGGACUUAGAUGAACAGGACCAAAUUGGCUCACCUGACUCCGUAAAUAAAUCAUCUCCAGAAGAGACCAAAAAGUCAUGCAUGAGAGGGCUCAUCAGCAGGAUGAAAGCUAUUUCUGUCCAAACAUUUGCUCAAGAGUCAAUCCUAAAUGUGAGGUCUAGAGUCAGGCGUAGGCUGGCCCACCGUCAAGGACAGGAAGCUGUCAGUUCAGAUACUUCAAUGCUUCUGGAGAGUGAGGAUAGUCUUUCAAAUGAGAUAAUUACAACCGAAGAUCAGCAUACAAACAGUGAGUCUGAAGAGGUUUGGCCUUCCACUGCCCUCUGUAAAAGUGACUGUGAGCGUCGUCUUGAUGAGGCUCAGAAAUGCCACAUUGAGAAAGUGGCUGAGCUUGAGAGAGAAAAGGAGGAAAUCCAGGCUACAAAGGAAAACCUCUUCUCUCAAGUUAGUUGUCAGCAGGAUGAGAGCAUCACAAAUGAAAGGAACAGGAGCCUCUUGACUGAGAAGGUGGCGAGUCUUAAAACAAGACUGGAUGAAAAAGAGUUAGAAAAUGGAAAUUUGGUGGCAGAAAUUGACGAUUUGAAGGAAAGGAAUUGGCGUCAAGAAAAGCAUUAUGGAGAGAAAGUGCUUCACCUAACAACAGCCUUGGAACAAGCUCAGGACAGAGAAAGGGCCCUGAACCAGCAAGUGACCUCUCUCCAGACAUCAUUUAAUGAAACACAAGACAGGACUACACAGCUCAGGGUAGCAUUGCAUGACUGUCAGUGUCGUCUUUAUGUGGCUCAGAAAUGCCACAUUGAGAAAGUGGCUGAGCUUGAGAGAGAAAAGGAGGAAAUCCAGGCUAUAAAGGAAAACCUCUUCUCUCAAGUUAGUCGUCUGCAGGAUGAGAGCAUCACAAAUGAAAGGAACAGGAGCCUCUUGACUGAGAAGGUGGCGAGUCUUGAAACAAGACUGGAUGAAAAAGAGAGAGAAAAUGAAAAUUUGGUGGCAGAAAUUGACGAUUUGAAGGAAAGGAAUUGGCGUCAAGAAAAGCAUUAUGGAGAGAAAGUGCUUCACCUAACAAGAGACUUGCAGCAAGCUCAGGACAGAGAAAGGGCCCUGAACCAGCAAGUGACCUCUCUCCAAACAUUAUUUAAUAAAACACAAGACGAGGCUACACAGCUCAGGGCAGCAUUGCAUGACUGUGAGCGUCGUCUUGAUGAGGCUCAGAAAUGCCACAUUGAGAAAGUGGCUGAGCUUGAGAGAGAAAAGGAGGAAAUCCAGGCUAUAAAGGAAAACCUCUUCUCUCAAGUUAGUCGUCUGCAGGAUGAGAGCAUCACAAAUGAAAGGAACAGGAGCCUCUUGACUGAGAAGGUGGCGAGUCUUGAAACAAGACUGGAUGAAAAAGAGAGAGAAAAUGAAAAUUUGGUGGCAGAAAUUGACGAUUUGAAGGAAAGGAAUUGGCGUCAAGAAAAGCAUUAUGGAGAGAAAGUGCUUCACCUAACAAGAGACUUGCAGCAAGCUCAGGACAGAGAAAGGGCCCUGAACCAGCAAGUGACCUCUCUCCAAACAUCAUUUAAUAAAACACAAGACGAGGCUACACAGCUCAGGGCAGCAUUGCAUGACUGUGAGCGUUGUCUUGAUGAGGCUCAGAAAUGCCACAUUGAGAAAGUGGCUGAGCUUGAGAGAGAAAAGAAGGAAAUCCAGGCUAUAAAGGAAAACCUCUUCUCUCAAGUUAGUCGUCUGCAGGAUGAGAGCAUCACAAAUGAAAGGAACAGGAGCCUCUUGACUGAGAAGGUGGCGAGUCUUGAAACAAGACUGGAUGAAAAAGAGAGAGAAAUUGACGAUUUGAAGGAAAGGAAUUGGCGUCAAGAAAAGCAUUAUGGAGAGAAAGUGCUUCACCUGACAACAGCCUUGGAACAAGCUCAGGACAGAGAAAGGACCCUGAACCAGCAUUCAGAGGAAACAAUCAGCAAGCUCAGAGAAGAGCUCAAGGCAAAGCAGGAGGAAGAGAUACUAAUGCCAAGUGAAAGACAUCUUAACUCCACUGGGGUGCAGACAGACGAGAUAUCACCUGAACCUCAGCAGCUGGAAACUCCUGCUGCUGAGGCUCAGAGUGAAAGCCUGUGGAAGCGCUCUCUCAGAGGUGCACUGAGCGUAGGCAAGUUCAUUGGUGUGUCCUCUGCAUGUGCACUUGUUGCAGUGGGUAUACUGUCCAUUGGAUUGGUUGCUCAUUGUGAUUGUCCAUGUGAUCUGUUCUCCCACCUGUUGGAAUCAUUGACUAUUCACAACACAGGACACCCCUUUUAA